AAGUGGCUCUGAAUCACAUCUAGCUUUAGCGAUCAUCUGAAAACCAGCCAUUUUAGCCAUGAGGCAGUAUAUCUCUACUUCUGGCUCUUGUGUUAUUUUGUUUCUGCUUUUUGCUGGCCAGUUUGCUGAGUCUGCUGGAUUCUUCUGGAGUUCAGGUCAUAACCGGACUAACGUUUUCUCCAGAAGUACUCGAGAUGCUGAUUCACCCGCUCCUAUAGACUGUAAGCUGAAGAGUUGGACGCCGUGGGCAGCAUGUACCUCCUGCACUGAGGAAACGGUGCGUUUUCAGUACGUGGAACGACCCUCGCAGUUUGGAGGCAGUAAAUGUGUUCACAGCCAGUGGGAUAAAAAACUGUGUCCUGAUCAGGGCAACUGCGAGCCUAAGGAUGAGUGUGGGAACAUGUAUGCCUGCCCUGAAACAGGCCGGUGCAUUAGUCAGAAUCUUCUCUGCAACGGUGAUUGGGAUUGUGAGCUCGGGAGCGAUGAGGAGAACUGUGAAGAAACAAACAGCCCAGAAACCAAGUGUGUCAAUAUGAUCUCCAUCCCAGGAGCUGAGAAGGCCACACAGGGCUAUAACGCUCUGUCAGACGUUUUUGUGAACCCCGUUCUGGACCAUAAAUACUUCGGAGGCAUAUGCGAAUACAUCUACAAUGGAGAAUGGAGGGAACUGACAUACGACGCCUUCUGUGAGCACAUUUACUAUAGCGACGAUGAGAAAUAUUUCAGGAAGCCGUAUAACUUCUUAUCAUAUCGCAUGUUGGCACAUUCUCUUAGCCAGGGAUCAACAGAAACAUACAAAGAUGCUGCAAGUUUGUUAUCCGCUCAGAGAACAGAGUCUUCCUAUAACUGGGGUGUGAGUUUCGGCGUCAUGUAUGUGGAAGCUGGCCCAACUGGGAGUCAUUCAGAGAUACUGCUGAAAAACAUCUCGACAUACGACAGUAAGGAAGUGGAGUUUAUUCGGCUGCUCUCAACGGUUGAAACGGCGCACUUUAAGAUGAGGAGUCGGGAUCUGAUGCUACACGAAGACAUGCUGCAGGCGCUCAUGGACCUGCCUGAGCAAUACGACUUCGGCCCUUACUCGCGCUUCAUCAACGAUUACGGCACUCAUUAUGUAACGCAAGGCAUCAUGGGAGGCAUCCUAGAUUACAUAGUGGUGCUCGACAAAAAGGUCAUGGAGGAAAAAAAGCUGGAGUCAUGGGAAGUGAACGAAUGCCUUGGUGUUUCUCUGGGCCUCAGAUCUCCCUCCAUUAUGGGAUUGAGUGGCAAGCUCACAGUAAAUCACCAGAAAUGUCAGGAAUCAGGAGACUUGGAAAGAGAGAGAAAUGAAGACUUUAGCCUGAUCAGGGACGUGGUCGGAUUUGUCAAAGGAGGAAUCAUACACCGCAGCGCCGCUCAGUUAGCCAUCCGCAACGCAGACACCUACAGGUCUUGGGGCAGAUCUCUCAAGUACAACCCAGCCGUCAUUAAGUUCGAGGGUCUUCCCAUCUAUGAGCUGGUGCGGUUCAGCACAGCAGAAUCUCAGGCUCACACGAGGAUCCCGCUCCUGAAGCAGGCUUGGGAGGAGUACAUGCAGCAGUUCAACCCCUGCCACUGCGCCCCCUGUAGGAACAACGGCGUGCCUGUGCUUUCACAGACCUCCUGCAGUUGCCUCUGCAAGCAAGGUUUCAGUGGUGUUGCCUGCGAGAAGUCUGAACGCAAACCUGGUCCUGUUCAUGGAGUGUGGAGCUGCUGGAGUUCCUGGUCUCCCUGCUCCUCGGGAACAAAGACAAGAAGGCGAGAAUGUAACAACCCCGCUCCUGAAGACGGCGGCUUCCAGUGUGGAGGGAACUCGGUGCAGACAAGACGCUGCUGAAACCAAUGUGCUAAUCAGGAUAGAUCAAAUGUAUUGUAUAGAAAAGAAAAGGUUUUGAUGGUUGAAGAAUUAUAAUGGAUGAAUCUAAUAAUGAAUAAAAAAGCUUUAGUGGAAAGCACUACACCAA